AUGUGUUUUCAUACAUAUUCAAAUGGAAAUACCCAUGGAAAUGAUGCCCAUUCUUAGCGGUCCUCUUCUGCCUUUGGCAUCUGGGAGGCUCAACCAGAUGUGGUGCAAGCUGCUCAACCCACUGGAAACAAGAUUGCUGUUUCUCUUCGUCUUUCAGAGAUGCAGAUUUUGUCUGCUGUUAAUGACUUUACCUCAGGAUCAAGUUUGGAUGCAUCUAUGCAGUCCCUGCCAGAGGAAGAACCAGUCACUUCUGAGGACAUCUUGUCUGUUGCUGACUAUGCAGAUGAUAUCCAUCAACACAUGAGAGAAAGUGACUUGAGACAUAAGUCAAAUUCUGGUUACAUGAGCAAGCAGCCAGACAUCAAUAACAGCCGGAGGGUCAGCCUAGUUGACUGGUUGGUUGAGGUUUCUGAGGAAUACAAGCUAUGUUCAGAAAUGAUCUCUCUUGCUGUGAAUUACCUGGACCACUUCCUCUCCAGCAUGACUGUUUUCAGACGGAAACUGCAACUUAUUGGGGCUGUUGCAAUUCUUUUGGCUGUGAAAUAUGAAUAGAUAUAUCCUCCAGAUGUGUAUCAAUUUGUCCGUGUCUUGAAAUACAUCCAUACCAAAAAGCAGGCCCUGUAUAUGGAGUACCUUAUGCUCAGAGUGCUUUCCUUUGACAUGACUACACCAACAAAUCACCAGUUUUUGAUGCAGUAUAUUUUGGAGGGAGCUGUCUGUGCUAAAACUGCAAAUCUUGCUUUGUAUGUUUCAGAACUGAGUUUACUUGAAGUGGACCCCUUUCUGCAUUAUCUUCCCUCAAUGAUUGCUGCUGCAGCUUACUGUCUGGCAAACUACACUCUUAACAGAGCCCUAUGGCCUGAUUCUCUGCAUGCCUUUACUGGCUAUACUCUGGCAGAAAUUGCACCAUGUCUGAUUCGGCUCCAUCAGCUCCACCUGUCUGCAAAUAGUCUGCCCCAACAGGCCAUCUGUAAGAAGUACAGGAGCACAAAAUGAGUCAAUGUAUCCCUGAUUAAACCAGUUGAGAUUUUCCCACUGCACUGA